AUUUAUGAAGGGGGUAGGAGGUGUAACUCAUUUGAUUGUUGAUGUGGACUAUUUUACGAAAUGGGUGGAAGCUCGGCCAUUAUCCAGUCUUACUUCUAAGAAGGUCGAAGACUUUGUUUUCAUCUCAAUCAUUUACAGAUAUGGGAUACCAAAUCAGAUUGUGGCUGAUAAUGGAACUCAGUUCAAUUGCUCCUCAUUCAGAGAUUUUUGCUCCAGCUAUGGAAUCAAACUGUAGUUCACCUCGGUGUACCACCCGAAAUCUAAUGGGAUGGUAGAAUCUGUCAACAAAGUCAUACUCGAGGGAAUAAAACAAAGGUUAGAGCUGCACAAAGCCAAGUGGGCAGACGAGCUCAACAACGUCUUUUGGGCAUAUAGAACCAUGAGCCGAACUGCCACAAGUGAAACACCCUAUCACUUAACCUUUGGUACCGAAGCAGUCAUUCUUAUCGAGAUAAGAGUCCCAAGCUUCAAGGUCACCCAUUUCGAUGAAGGACGAAAUGGACAACUGCUUCAUGAAAACCUUGAUCUGCUUGAUGAAGUCAGAGAGGAAGCACGACUUCGAACUCUAGUUUACAAGCAGAAAAUAGCAAACUUCUACAACAAACGAGUUCGACCCCAAACAUUCAAGAUAGGAGACCUUGUUCUCAGGAAAGUUGGUUUAACGGGGUUUGAAACUUGAUUGAGAAAGUUAGCACCAAAUUGGGAAGGCCCCUACACUGUAGCCGAAGUGUCGCACCCAGGUGCUUAUAUCCUAUGGGACAUUGAAGGCAAAAGGGUUCCUAGAGUCUGGAAUGUCAAUAACUUGAAGAAAUUUUACCCUUAAUGCACUCCUCUCUGGUGAACUUUGUCUUAUUUUUAUAAUCGUCAUUAUUCUUUGUUGUUCUGCUCAAUGUAUGUACGAGAUCAAUUCAUCUAGAUCAUUAAUAAAUUUCACUUCGCAUU